GAAAAAUCUUUCUAUAGAUAUAGUAAUCACUUGUAAUUUUAGCAUAGUAAUCAACCCAUCAUCAUCAUGUCCAAGUAUGUGCAAGAAAUGUCUAUUGAUGGGGAUGAACCCCAUGCAAGAUAUAUUAUCAAAGAUAUUCUAAAUCCUUCUCCUCCAUCAGUCUCAAUUCCUGUCAUUGAUCUCAGUCUACUAUCUUCACUCUCUUCUAAAGGAGCAGAAGAGCUUGACAAACUUAAAGAAGCACUCAGUUCUUGGGGUUGCUUCCAGGCUACAGGUCAUGGGAUUCCAAGUUCAUUCCUCGACAAGAUACGAGAAGUAACUAAACAAUUCUUUGCACUUCCAACAAUGGAGAAACAGAAGUAUGCUCGGGCAGUGAAUGACAUUGAAGGAUAUGGAAAUGAUCCUGUUCUUUCAGAUAAGCAAGUUCAUGACUGGUCCGAUCGCCUGUUUCUAAAUCUAAUCCCACAAGAUUCAAGAAAGCUUCAACUUUGGCCAACCAAUCCAAGUGAAUUUAGAGAAGUACUGAAUGAAUAUUCAGAAAAAAUGAAGCAAAUAGUGGAGCUUCUCCUUAAGGCCACGGCAAGAUCACUGGAUCUAGAAGAGGAUUGUUUCUUGAAACAAUAUGAAGGCCAUGAACACAUGGCAGCAAGGUUUAAUUACUAUCCUAAAUGUCCAAGACCAGACUCAGUUCUUGGUGUUAAAGCUCAUUCAGAUGGAUCAGCUAUAACCAUUUUAUUACAAGACAAAGAUGUGGAAGGUCUUCAAAUAUUUAAAGAUGAUCAAUGGUUUAGAGUACCCAUUAUCCCUCAUGCAUUUGUUGUCAAUGCCGGCGAUCAAAUGCAGAUAAUGAGUAAUGGAAUCUUCAAGAGCCCAAUGCACAGGGUAUCAACAAGUUCACAAAGAGACAGAAUAUCUGUGGCAGUGUUCCACUUGCCUAAUGCAGAAGUAGAGAUUGAACCAGUUAAAGGUUUAAUUGAUGAAGAAAGGCCACAGCAGUACAGGAAGCUCAAAAAUUAUGCUGCUAUCAACUUUGAAUGCUUCCAGAGUGGGAAGGUUGCCCUGGAAACAGUGAAGAUUUAAAUACCAUUUUUUUGUUUGGCCUUUUCAAUUAUUAACUUCUUAAUCAUUUAUUUUUUUUCUUAUUUCUUAUUUCUUUCUUCCAAUGGGAGUUCAUCUGUUCAGUAAAUCUUUUUAGCAUAUGAUUUAGCUCAUCUACCAGAGCUUACUAAUGUUCUCUGAAAUCAAAACUAUGUAACAGCAUCUAUUUCACUAUGUUUCAUAAUUUAAUUUUUCAAUGUGAUUUGAAUUUUUAUUUUUAA